AAGUGCUAUGUCCGCAAGGGUGUCCCGCUGGAGCACCGGGCCCGCGUCUGGAUGGCGGUGAGCGGAGCCCAGGCCCGGAUGGACCGGAAUCCCGGCUACUACCACCAGCUGCUGCAGGGAGACAGGAGUCCCAGCCUGGAGGAUGCCAUCAGGACAGACCUGAACCGGACCUUCCCGGACAACGUGCGAUUCCGGACGACGGCGCAGCCCUGCCUGCAGCGACCGCUGUACAAUGUGCUGCUGGCCUUUGGCCGCCACAAUCAAGCUGUGGGCUACUGCCAGGGAAUGAAUUUUAUAGCAGGAUAUCUGAUUCUUGUAACAAAGAAUGAAGAAGAAUCUUUUUGGCUAUUAGAUGCUCUUGUUGGAAGAAUACUACCUGAUUACUACGGCCCUGUGAUGCUGGGCCUGAAGACCGACCAGGAGGUCCUGGGGGAGCUGGUGAGGAGGAAGAUGCCCGCGGUGGCAGCCCUGAUGGAUGGGCACGGCGUGCUGUGGACACUGCUCGUGUCCCGCUGGUUCAUCUGCCUGUUCGUGGACAUCUUGCCUGUGGAGACUGUGCUUCGAAUCUGGGAUUGUUUGUUCAACGAAGGCUCGAAGAUUAUCUUCCGGGUGGCCCUGACCCUAAUCAAGCAACAUCAAGCACUUAUUUUGGAAGCCACCAGCAUUCCAGAAAUUUGCGAUAAGUUCAAGCAGCUCACCAGAGGGAGUUUUGUCACAGACUGCCACACAUUUAUGCAGAAAAUAUUUUCAGAACCCGGAAGCCUCCCCAUGAGGACCAUCAGCCAGCUCCGUGAGCGCUGCAGGGCCAGGCUGCUGGCGCAGGGCUGAGCCAGAGCUGCCACCCGCUGGCUUUCACUGCGCUCCUGGGUGGUGGUGUCGGGACCUGACGUCACUACACUUCAGCUGUCAGCUUUUUUAAAGAGCAACUUAAAAUCGUGUUAUUCUACAUUUCUAUGAUUAGCUAUGAAGUCUAGAAUUUCUGAAGAAAAGUUAUUUUUACCUGAGACAUUAAUAAUACAUGAAAUAUGAGGGAUGCAUGUUUAUAUUUAAUGAAGUAUGUCAGUACCUGUGAAUUUAUCAGCUUGUCAGCCAACUGAAAAUUAAAAUCAAAGUAGUGACUGUCA